AUGGCAAAUGAUGAAAAUAAAAAUGCAUCGAUUGAAGAUGAUGACAUGCCCAAAAAGAGGGAACGAAGGGAUCAGGGGCAACAGUCAGAGCUCAAGAAGAUAACGUAUAACAUUGAGCCGGAUAAAGUGGACAUUGGAGUUCAGGCGGAUUCGGUGGAGAAGGUCAAGGUGACAUACAUAGAGCCAGAUGACGAGGAGUCUUCCCAUGGUUUCUUUUGCGGAAAGAAGAGAUCGGAAACGUCAUUACCACGACGAUCGUGGGAGACGGAUGACUAUAUUGAUUUCGAUGAUCUGCUGCCCUUGAUUGGCCAGUUUGGUCGAUUCCAGGUUAUGCUGUUCCUGUUCAUGAUACCCUUCUGCUUCAUCACCGCCUUUGUGUAUCUGGGCCAGAUAUUCAUGUGCCUGACCCCACAGAAGUACUACUGUUUUGUGCCGGAACUUUCACAAACGCCGACGGAGCUGCGCAAGCAGUUGUCCAUCCCAAAGGAGAAGGAUGGAUCCUACAGUCGCUGCCGGAUGUACGACACCAAUUACACGAAAAUCCACUUUGCCGAGAAUCAGAGUGCUUAUAUCAACACUUCGCUGUCCACGAUUCCCUGUCGAAAAGGAUAUGUUUUCGAGCAGGAUGGCAGAUCCUUCGAAUCGGCCACCAUGGAGUUUGGCUGGGUGUGCGAAGACGACAUAUACGCCACCUACACCCAGGUCAUCUUCUUCUUGGGCUCGAUUUUGGGUGGACUUGGUUAUGGCCACUUUGCGGAUCACUGUGGACGGGUGGCGGCGUUGGUCAGUAGCUGCUUCCUCGCUCUGGUUGGCAGCCUGGCCACCUCGAUGUCCUCGAACUUCUUCAGCUUUGCAGUUUCGAGAUUUUUAGUUGGUGCCUCCUACGAUACCUGCUUCACGAUGGUAUACAUUUUGGUGCUCGAGUAUGUGGGCCCCAAGUACCGCACCCUGGUGGCCAAUCUAUCGUUGGCCCUGUUCUACUCCCCCUUCACGAUGAUGAUGCCGUGGAUAGCGCUAUCGGCCGGAAAUUGGAGGAGAUUUUCCUCAUUUACAUCGCUACCCAUUGUGAUUGCCAUGUUUUCCUUUUGUCUGCUGCCCGAAUCUGCGCGCUGGCUGGUAUCGGUGGGUGCGAUCGACAAGGCCAUGGAGAUAUUGAAAAAAGUGAUUGAGGUGAACAAGAAGAAUGUUUCCAAGGAAGUACUCGAUCUUUUCGAGGCGAGCUGCACGUUGUUCUACAAGGAGGAGCUCGAUGGUCGCGAUUUUACAGUGUUUUCCAUAUUUAAGGGAAAGCGAAUGGCCCGUUAUAUGAUCCUGAUGAUUCUCAUCUGGAUGUCCAUUUCCCUAAUAUACGAUGGACAUGUGCGUGCGGCCAGUGUCCUGGAUAGUGAUAAUAUCUUUGUGUUCUUUACCAUCGCUUGUGCCACGGAGUUGCCGGGUAAUAUCCUGGUGAUCCUUACUCUGGAUCGCUGCGGACGUCGAUGGUGCUCCUUUUUCUACACAUCGUUAAGUGGUGUUUUUAGCCUGGUAGGGGCCAGUCUUCAGAAGAGGGAAUAUAUGAGGAUAUCAGCGCUAACUGGGAGAUUCUUUGCCAACACCUGCUAUAAUAUAGGACUGCAGUGGGCCGCUGAGAUACUGCCCACUGUGGUGAGGGCCCAAGGAGUGGCUUUUAUCCACACGAUGGGCUUCGUGGCGAUGUUGAUGUCGCCACCAGUGGUCUAUCUUUCCAAAAAGUCCCUGUCCAGCACGCUGAUCAUAUUGGGAGUCCUGGGUAUCUUUGGUGGACUGCUGGCCCUGUUUCUACCAGAAACCCUGAACCACGAACUCCCGGAAACUCUCAGUGAUGGCGCUGCAUUCGGUAAGAAUCAAAGGAUAUGGCAUAUGCCCUGCUGUGGCCCAGGAUCAAGGAAAUCCCAUCCGAGGCACAACUGGCACCAGGGCUCCAGCCUAAGGACCUUAUCGAAGGACGAGUUCCGCUCCACGAAAAUGUAUCGCAAGACGAAAUAUCACCAAGACUCCAACCCGAGUCCAUCAUCUAGUGAUUACAGGAGCACCGAUGAAAGGGAAAUCCGUACCUAUAGAUAUGGAAACGAGUCUAAGUGGCCAGAAGCUAAGAGCUGAGGUUAUCUCUAAGUUAAUUUUUUGUAAUUAUACUUUUCAUUUUAAUAAUUUUAAGAUUAAAUGAAAUCAAGAAUCCAAUCAACCCAGCACCAGCAAUAAAGUUCAUUGCCAAAGUUU